CUUGUUUACGACUUGUAAUUUUCGCUAUAACCUCCCGUGUCUUUCGAGCUAACAGAAUUUUUCGCAGUUACGUUUUAAAAAUAUUUUAACAACAACAUUUUUAAAAAUGCCUGAAGAUCGCAUUCGUUUUCCAUUAGAAGAUGCGGAAGAAUUGCAGAAUCCGACUAAUGAUGAAGUCGAUGAACAGCUACGUCAAUCCGAAGAGUUAACCCUAUGGGAAAUUAACAUGGGACUUGGCCGAAACAACGACAACGACGACGAAACUGAUACAUGGUCGGAGGAAGGAAACAACGAUGAAAUAUCCAUGGAUUCGUCUGAGGAAGAAUCUGGGGAGCAGGCGAACAGCCUGUUCUUCCCGUCGCCCACGGUGAGAAGGCAUCCCGAAGUCAUGUCUUUUCGCGGUAUAAACGUUGCCAGGAGAGGACGCCCUAGAGGACACUCAAGCAACCCGAAUAGCACACCAUUCCAACGUGGAAUUACAUUUAACGGGUUCGUCAGAAAUCUCGAACUCGAAAAAGUCGUGGGAUAUUCGUUGGAUCGAACCGGUGCGUUAUUGUACAAAGUGAAAUGGCGCAACGACGGCGAUAGAAUUAGGCUAAUCGAAUCAAGCCUGAUGCGAACUUACAAGCCGCUGAUGGUCGUCGAUUUUUUUGAGUCGAUGGUGAUGAAUCCACAAGACUAAUUGCUUGGUUCACGUGCAAGAUACGAGUGCCAUGAUUCUUUUAAUGAUUUUAUAUACCUUUUUAAUUGAAAUUUAUAAUGUACUAAUUAUGUAUUUAAUGUGUCCUAACUAUAAAUAAUUGUAAAUAAUUUUACUGAAUU